AUGUACACAUACGGUGUAGAAGGGGAUGACGGAUAUUUACAACAAGCACAAUAUCCAUCACCAUACGAAAAUCAAUAUCAACAAGAUGAAGAAUCUCCAAGUCCUAGAGGAGAAAGUCAUACUCCAUUUAUAGGAUAUUUUAGUUCUCAUUUAUUGCGAACAGGAUUUUUUUUACAAUGUGUAUCUUUAAUAUUAAUGUUUAUAUUUUACUGGGCAUUUGGUGGAACUGGUAUUUUUGUAUUUGAUUUAUAUGCAGGACCUGAAUGUGUUAAAGUAUCUAGUGCAUUUCAUUUGACUAUAUCAAUUCUAAUGGCAAUAUAUUUAUUAGGUACAUUAUAUAUAGCAAUGUUUCAAGUUUUCGUAGCAGAUAAUAGUAAAUGGUGUAGAGGAUUUAGAGCAGGAUCAAAACUUUUAUCUGCAGCUGUAACAUUAGAUCUUUUGUCAUCUAUAUUAAGAUUAGUUCAAUAUUUGUAUGCAUAUUUCUAUAUGAAUAUGAGAUGGUGGGCAAGAUAUCAACAAACAAAAUCAGAUUGGACUUUAUUACAUUUUGGAAGUAUAGUACAUAGUUUUGCUUUAUUUAUUUAUGGUGCUGCUUUUUUUUAUAUGGAAGCUUAUCAUGAUGAGGGUACUUAUGAAGAACUUGCUUGGUCAAAUUUAACUUUAUUUAAAUUAGCAGGAUUGGCAGAACUUUUAAUGGUAUUUUCCGGUUUUGGAGCUUUUUUCUCAAUACUAUUAUUAGGUGCAAUAAUAUGUGCAACAAUUUGGGCAUUUUCUUUUGAGCCUCUAUUAGAAAAAUGGUCUCCAGAAUUGCACAGCAGAGAUAUAAAUGCAGACGUAUUACCAGAAAUAAAAAAUGAUGAAGAGCAAUGUGGAUAUAACGAGGAAAACGCUUAUGCACCUUAUAAUGCAAAUCCCGAAAAUAUGGGAUAUGGAGAAGAAAUGAUUCAACAAAAUAUGAAUGAUAAUUAUGUUGAAGGUAAUGCAUAUGAUCAAAAUAUAUACGGUCAAAAUGAUGGAAUACCAACAACCUAUGAUUAUUCACAAAUAGAAGGACAAAUACAACAAAAUGCUGAAAUGGGGGUGUCUGAAAAUAAUUAUGCAAAAAAUGGACAAUAUUGA